AUGCCAAUCACGUAUGGUCGUGGAAAUGUAAGAAAAAUUGCUUUUAGAUCGCGAGGAAGAUCAGCUCAUUCCGUCGAUGCAAGCGGUCAAAAAAUUGAUCAUCCUGGUGACGGUGAUGGGAGGUUCUUACAAAUUAAGCCAGCUAUAGCCGAUCCCCGCGCAUCCUUGCAACGAGCUAAUACCACUCUUUCAAGCUGUAGUUAUAUCAAUAAAGAAGAUGCCAGAGAAGAGAUUACCUUGCAAGCUGUGGGUGAAGGGAGAGUGCAACUUUCUAGAACUCCACAGGAAAAAGAUCGUUUACCUGAUAGAAUAAGUUUAGAUAGAAGAGGAUUAUCUUCCAUACCACAUAUUGUAGGCGAGCCCGGCUUAAGACUAUUAUCACUGCAACACAAUUUAAUAAACAGCCUGAUAGGUUUGACGCCUCUCGAUCUCAGCAAACUAGUGUUUUUAGAUGUUUAUGACAAUCAAAUUGACAAAAUCACUUCUUUAGAAAAGCUGUUCAGUUUGAGAGUACUUCUGAUGGGCAAGAAUCGAAUCAAGAGAAUCGAAGGGCUGUCUACUCUUAUUAAGUUAGAAGUACUAGAUUUACACGGAAAUAGAAUCGCAAAGGUUGGCGGCCUAUCAAAUCUAUGUGAAUUGAAAGUUCUCAAUUUGGCAGGGAAUCAAAUUAAGUUUAUUAGCCAAAACGAUCUUCAGGGUUUAGUUUCACUGAGGGAACUAAAUUUUAAGAGAAAUCGAUUGAAGAAACUGCAUAGUUUUCACUUUACACCAAAAUUGCAGAAGCUAUAUUUAAGUAACAACGACUUGCAAAGCGUAGAAGACGUCUCGACGCUCGCCGAAGCAACGACAUUGAUUGAAGUUUCACUUGAUGGAAAUCCAGUGGCAUUGGGCGGUGAUUGUACGCCGUUCCUGGUGUCGUAUCUUCCAAAUUUAACAACCCUUUCUAGCAUGACUGUUACGGACCAAGUUCGAAGUGCAGCUAUGGCUUGGCGCAGCAAUAAAGAAGCUGCACACGCAGCUUAUUGUGCUUUAAGUGGAUCUGCCCAGCAAGCUGCUCGGCGUGAUCAGGUUAUACAUAAUGCCAGAACCAAUUGGGAACUUCUUAGGACGGAAAACAAGUGUUUCUUGGUCCCACGUAGUCCAACAAAGUUGGCAGAUCCAGCUAAGGAUUGUGACAUAAAUAACGAAAUUACACAAACCGUAGAAACUGCAGUAAUCCCUGAUAUAAUAGCGUGCACUCAGACAGCUGACGAGUGUAAAGCCAGUAUUGAUUCACCUAAACCGAAAACUCCUCAAAAUGACGAAAAAUCUCAAGCUCAUAAAUUUCAAAGAAGUAAUACCGCACGAAAGCCUUCAGAAAGGCGAGUAAAUUUCUCAGACCGUAGUGCUUCGCAAGAUACAGAUGCAUCCUAUUCUACGUCUACAAGCAGUGACCUUAGACUUCCACCAAUAUUAUUACCGAUUAUUUCGUCUUUAGAAAACGUUAAACUAGCAGAUAGUAACGAGCCUCUCCUUAAAAGGUGGGAAAGUGUUUCCAGCAUUGAACCAAUCGUCGAUUCGUCAUUCAGUUCUCUUCCGUCUUCAUCAAGUGAUACUGACGAAGAAACAACUAAACGAAGGUUUCGCCGAACCCCUACAGUUUUGAAAAGACGUGAGAAUUUCAACUCGAUGCGAUCCAAAUCUGUCUGCGAUCCAGAGAGUCGUAAAAUAAGGAAUAGCAAAGUCGACAGCACUGAAAAUACAAGUAACAUAUCGAGUGUAACGCAAGCAGGUUCUGUAGCAUCAACUGUGAGUGACCAUCGGCUGAAAAGACAAGGUUCGCUUAACACGAAAUCAAAUAGAAACAUUAGGAGCGCAACGAUUUCUCGUAGGAAUGAAAGAGCCUCGGCAUCACAGCGUGCCGCUACUGCAAAGGUAAAAUCGGGCAAAAAUGUAAUCUUCCCCAAGCCUGCAGAAACCGUACCUAAACUUUUACCUACAACGAAAGACAGGGAACAAGGUGUUGAUUACCUCGUCGAAGUAAACGAUGAUGUUGUUAGCGCUUGGGGAGCAGGUGCUGUCCGUCGUUUAGCUCGUGAUUGGGACUGGGAUAAGGCUCAAAAAGUAACUAAAGCUGCGUUCCACUAUGUACAUUUCAACGCUGUUGCCCAAUCCUUAACUGAACUAAAAACCAAGUUUCCAAAUGUAUCCCAUAUAUCGGUACGAGCGACUGGCCUCCAGUACUUGGGACAGUUGCAUUCCUUAGCUGAUUUGAGAGGACUAAGUAGCUUAACGAUAUUUCCCGAGGGUAAUCCAAUAUGUAUGAAGACUUGGCGGGAAUACGCUGUUUAUAGACUUGGACACUGGGGCUUGAAAGAAAUAAAUAAUGAAACGGUAUCCAACGAAGAAAUACAAUCUGCAAAUAGGACAUUCAGUGGCCUCAGCGAUAUAGUACUAAGAGCUUUACCUGACGAUCCUCUUCAACCUUUACUAUCACGGCUUGGAAGAAGUGGAAAUAGUUCUAUCAGUGCUAAAACCUGGCUUCGAGCUGCUGACCCGGCACUACGUGAUGUUAUUGCAAAAGAAGCAUUGCAGUAUAAGAAAGGAAACAUUUCUCAAGAGGAUAUGAGCUGGCGGAUUCGCGGUCGCAGCCAGCUUACACACGCAAUAGAGUUAGCCUGCGGAGCUGCUCAACGCUUGCGUAUUUUAGAACUUCAGUGGCCAACAAUAUUUUCUGACAUGAUAGAAGAAAUAUUAAACGAUUAUGCAGACAUGGAUACACACGUCAAAGAGAAGAUGCGUUCACUGUCAAGUACACUUUAA